UGGCGCUAGUGUACGGAAAGGUUACGGCCAGGACUCCUGGGGAGUUUCGCUGGCUCCAGACACCGGUCCAAGCAGGGAGUGGGCGGGUAAUGGGCGGCACUGCGGGCUGUUCUCACGGGCUGUGGUCUGUCCCCCUCAGCCGGUAGAGUGGGCGCUGCUGCCGGAGCUGUGGUCAGGGCGGCGAUGGCGGCUGCUGCGGAGCGCAGGGCCUUUGCUCAGAAGAUUAACAGGACGGUGGCAUCCGAGGUUCGGAAGCAGGUCUCCAGGGAGUAUGGGGGAUCUCCGCAGCUUUCCAAGAAACGAGGAGGGAGCCAGCAAUCUAUCCCGUUGACAGACGUAGUAGAGCCUCUGGACUAUGAGGGUUACAUUGUGAGCCACCCCCCGAAUUCAGAAUGUGAAGCACUGAGAGAUUUGUACGACUUCCCUCCCGAUGACAUUGAGAUCUUGUAUGAUCCAAGAGAAUGUCGCACUCUGGAACCGGCAGCGCCAGAGGAGGGAAAGCUGGAUGUCCGUGUCCGUGAUGCGUUAAAGGUUUAUACUCACGACUGGGUGAUUGUGCAGCGGAGGUGGCAGAAACUGAGCACAGCGUACACUCCUAUUACCGCUGAGCGGCAGAGACAGCGCCAGAGGGCUCUGGGCCGGCAGCAGUAUGAGCUGGAUGAAGCCGGAGAGGAGAGGGGAGCGCCGGAGGAGCAGGAGGAGAAGAAACGUGCGUCUACUUCAAUUGAAGAGACCCCUCGGGGAAGUUGGGCCUCUAGUAUAUUUGACCUGAAGAACUCUGCCCCAGAUCCCUUACUCCCGGGACUGCUUGAGAGAUCUACUGAAGAGACAGACCGAGUCAGUGCGGAUCAGCGUAAGGAGAACCGUCAUCCCCACAUUUUGGCCCUCUACCCUGCCCCCGAUGAGGAUGAGGCUGUGGAACGAUCCACUGUUCCGGAGGUGCCCAAGGAACACUUUGGUCAGAGGAUCUUGGUGAAAUGCAUAUCGCUGAAGUUUGAAAUAGAGAUUGAACCAAUAUUUUGUGUUAUGGCUCUUUAUGAUGCUAAAGAGAAGAAAAAGAUAUCAGAAGGCUUCCAUUUUGACCUGAACUCGGACUCUGUUAAAAACAUGCUGCGGGCACAAGGUGGACACCCAGCACCAUCCACGCUGGCAAGAUCUGCCAUCUUCUCCAUCACAUACCCAUCUCCUGACAUCUAUCUCGUCAUCAAGCUGGAGAAGGUCCUACAGCAAGGAGACAUCGGGGAGUGCUGUGAGCCCUACAUGGUCCUGAAGGAGAGUGACGGCAUCAAGAACAAGGAGAAGGUAGACAAACUGAGGGCCCAGGCGGAACAGUUCUGCUCGCGUCUAGGCCGUUACCGCAUGCCCUUUGCCUGGACAGCCAUUCAUCUGAUGAACAUUGUCAACAGCAUGGGGACAGCUGACCGGGACUCGGACUCUGACAGUGACAAGAAGGGCACAUGGAAUGAGAGGAAGAGGAAAGCCUUCGAGAGGUUGAGCGUCGGGGAUGAAGUGUGUGGUUUUAACUCAUUCCGGCCAGCGACUCUCACUGUCACGAACUUCUUCAAACAGGAAGGAGACCGCCUGAGCGAUGAAGAUCUCUACAAGUUCUUGGCUGAUAUGAAGAGACCGUCCUCUGUCCUCCGAAGACUUCGGCCGGUAACCGCUCAACUGAAAAUUGACGUCUCGCCGGCUCCUGAAGCCCCCCAGUUUUGUCUGUCUCCUGAGUUGCGUCAUGUAAAGCCGUACCCUGACCCGCGCGUACGUCCCACCAAAGAAAUCCUGGAGUUCCCCCCGCGGGACGUCUUUUCUCCUUACACAUCUUACAGGAACCUUCUGUAUGUGUAUCCACGGGGCCUUAACUUCAGCAGUCGCCAGGGGUCAAUGAGAAACAUAGCCGUGAAGAUUCAGUUCAUGGCCGGAGAGGACCCCAACCAAGCCUUGCCGGUGAUAUUCGGCAAAUCGAACUGCAGUGAGUUCUUCAGUGAGAGCUGCACAGCUGUCGUGUAUCAUAAUAAAUCUCCAGAGUUCUACGAAGAAUUUAAGAUGAAAAUUCCAGGAAAUAUGACUGAAAACCAUCACCUGCUCUUCACCUUCUACCACGUGAGCUGCCGGCAGAACCAGACAUCCGCCUUAGAGACUCCCGCAGGAUAUACGUGGAUCCCGUUGAUGCAACAUGGCAGGCUACGAACUGGCUGCUUCUCCCUGCCUGUGUCUGUGGAGAAACCUCCACCCAGCUACUCCGUACUAACUCCUGAAGUCCAGCUCCCGGGGAUGAAGUGGGUGGACAACCACAAACCUGUCUUCACAGUGGAUCUAGUGGCUGCUUCCUCAGUGCACACACAGGACCCCAACCUGGACAAAUUCUUUACCGUGGUGCAGGUGUUGGAGGAGCAGAGUUUCCCGUUCCGGCUGAAGGACGUCAUCAUAACAGAAAGUAAUGUGGAGUCAGAGCUGAAGAGCAGUAUGGGGAACCUUCGUCUUGCUGCGUUGGGACCUGCGGUGAGCUUCUGUCACCAGCUUCUGGACAAACUGAUACUGCUUAUCGUCCGGCCUCCGGUUAUUGGGGGACAGAUAGUCAACUUGGGCCGGGCAGCCUUUGAGGUAGUGGCUCUGCUGGUAAGCCAAAUCCAUCGCACCCUAGAGGGAUCUCAGGAUCAACACGGCAGGAACGGACUACUGGCAUCGUAUCUACACUAUGCCUUCCACCUACCCAGUGACAUGCCAGCCCAGCUGAACAGCUCUCUUGCCCAUCCUUCGGCCUCCACCACUGUCCACUCUGCUACACUUUCUCGGGCCACAGGACGACCAAGCAGUCUUAACUUGGCACGUUGCAGGAGUAUUAGUAACAGUAACCCUGAUCUGACCAGCUCUCCAGGCACCACCGAUGAUGAGGAGGUUCAGAAGAUCAUGGGAGGCAAGGGCAUCGAUCGCUCUCACUCUUGGGUGAACUCUGCUUAUUGUCCUGGGGGUCCAAAAUCUGUGCAACGCCGGACCCAGCCCAAUUCCAACACUGAGCUCCGACAGAACAAUGAGCGAAGUCCAAACCGCAUAUCCAGCUACAUGGAGGGCGACGUCUCCUCCGCCCAGCCUCGCCCCACCGCCAAAAAGCUAUUGCACGAGGAGCUGGCCUUGCAGUGGGUAGUUAGCGGCAGUCCUGUACGUGAAGCAGCUCUGAGCCAGGCCUGGUUCUUCUUCCAGCUGAUGACAAAGAGCAUGGCUCUGCACCUUCAUAACUCCGAGAGACUGGACGCUCCCCGUAAGCAGCGAUUCCCAGAGAGAUUCGUGGAUGACAUAUCUGCGCUUGUGUGCAACAUCUGCGCAGAGAUCACCAGCCGGUAUCUCAAGGACGCCGAUCUGGCCGAACGCCUCAACAGCAGUCUGGCCUUUUUCUUCAACGAUCUCUUGGCCCUGAUGGAUCGUGGUUUCAUUUUCAAUCUCAUCCGGUCGUACUACAAACAGAUCAACAGUAAAUUGCCGAAGGCGCAGAACCCCAACGUGCUGAUCUCGCUGCGCAUGGAUCUGCUGCGCAUUGUCUGCUCGCAUGAGCACUACAUCUCCUUAAACCUCCCCUGCAGCCGUCUGUCACCACCCAACUCUCCCUCACCUUCCAUCUCUUCCACCACCUCACAGAGCUCUGUUUUCUCCAGUCCAGCCCAGGACAAGACGGUCACUAAUAUGUUUGAGCUAUCGGUGCCAUUCAGACAGCAGCAUUUCCUCUCCGGCCUCAUCCUGACGGAGCUCGCCUUAAUACUGGAGCCCGAUGUUGAAGGUGUGUUUUUCCUCCAGAAGAAAGCGAUCAGCACUCUCCACAACCUCCUCUGCAGCCAUGACACCGACCCUCGCUACUCCGAGCCUGCCAUCAUGCAGAGCAUUUCCCGCCUCUAUCUUCCUCUGGUUGGCAUCGUUAUGGAAACUCUGCCCCAGCUGUACGACUUCACGGCAGAGCCACAUGUGCAGAGGAUCCGUCAUGCCUCCUCUAUGGCAGAUGAAGUGGACUCUGACGGGGGCACAAUCAGUCAAACAGUUGCCAUGGCAAUAGCGGGGUCUCCAUUGCCUACAAUGCAGAAGACCACAAGCUUCCCGAUCCCAUCAGCUCCUGUGCGUACAGGUAGUGUCCUCUCUGCAGAGUCCAGCCGCAAUCUACUGGUGUGUGCUCUAUGGGUACUGAAAAAUGCUGAGCAAGAUUGUCUGCAACGCUGGUUCUCCAGUCUGUCUAUAAUGCAGCUCUCACGGCUCCUGGAACUGCUGAGUCUGUGUGUGUCGUGCUUCCAAUACAAGGGGAUGAAGGCAUUUGAGCGUAUAAACAGCCUAACGUUUAAGAAAUCGCUUGAUAUGAAAGCUCGGCUAGAGGAGGCCAUACUUGGGACUAUUGGGGCGCGUCAGGACAUGGUGAAACGCAGUCGAGAGCGCAGCCCGUUUGGAAGCCAGGAGAAUGUACGAUGGAGGAAAAACGUUACGCAGUGGAGGCCGAACAGUGAGAAGACAGAAAAGACACAAGCAGAGCGAGAGCUUGAGGUCAUGGUGGACGGAAAUAUGGCCACUGAGGCCAAUCUAGUCGUGCUGGACACACUGGAGAUCAUUGUUGAGACAGUCAUGAUGUCGGAGAUGAAGGAAAGCAUCCUGGGAGGAGUCCUGAAAGUUCUGUUACACAGCAUGGGCUACAACCAGAGUGCCUUGUACCUGCAGCAUUGCUUUACCAGCCAGAGGGCGCUGGUGUGCAAGUUCCCGGAGAUGCUGUUUGAGGACGACACUGAACUGUGCUCUGAUCUGUGUCUCCGCCUCCUGCGUCAUUGCAGCAGCAGUAUCAGCAGUGUGCGCACGCAGGCCAGCGCUUCCCUCUACCUCCUCAUGAGACAGAACUUUGAGAUUGGAAACAAUUUCGCCCGUGUGAAGAUGCAGGUUACCAUGUCCCUGUCGUCAUUAGUGGGUACCUCUCUGAAGUUCAAUGAGGAAUACCUGCGGCGGUCCCUGAAGACCAUCCUCACCUAUUCUGAGGAGGAUCUGGAACUGAGGGACACCACUUUCCCUGAGCAAGUUCAGGAUUUGGUGUUUAACCUGCACAUGAUCCUUACAGACACUGUGAAAAUGAAGGAACACCAAGAAGAUCCUGAGAUGCUGAUGGACCUAAUGUAUCGGAUUGCCAAAGGAUACCAGAACUCCCCAGAUCUCCGCCUAACUUGGCUCCAGAACAUGGCUGCCAAACACAGCGAGCGCGGGAAUCACGCGGAGGCUGCGCACUGCCUGGUGCAUGGAGCCGCGCUGGUGUCGGAGUAUCUCAGCAUGCUGGAGGACGCCAGGCACCUGCCGGUGGGGUGCGUCAGCUUCCAGAGCAUAUCCUCCAAUGUGCUGGAAGAGUCAGCCGUGUCAGAUGAUGUUGUCUCUCCAGAUGAAGAAGGAAUCUGUACCGGGAAGUAUUUCACAGAAGCCGGGCUGGUGGGCCUGCUGGAACAGGCAUGUGCCAGCUUCUCUCUGGGUGGGUUGUUUGAAGCAGUGAAUGAGGUCUAUAAACUUCUCAUUCCCAUUUAUGAAGCAAAUCGGGACUACAAGAAGCUGGCUUCUGUUCACGGGAAGUUACAGGAGGCGUUCAACAAGAUCACCAACCAGAUCACAGGCUGGGAGAGGAUGUUUGGGACAUAUUUCCGAGUUGGAUUUUACGGUCCUAAAUUCGGGGACUUGGAUGAGCAAGAGUUUGUAUAUAAAGAGCCAUCCAUUACCAAACUGGCUGAGAUCUCGCACCGCCUGGAGGAGUUCUAUACUGACCAGUUCGGAGAAGGGACAGUUCAGGUUGUAAAGGAUUCAAAUCCUGUUGACAAAACCAAACUUGACCCAAACAAGGCCUACAUCCAGAUCACUUACGUGGAACCGUUUUUUGACACUUAUGAACUGAAGGAUCGCGUCACCUACUUUGAUAAGAACUACAACCUUCGGACUUUCCUCUUCUGUACUCCUUUCACCCUGGACGGCCGGGCACAUGGGGACCUUCAUGAGCAGUACAAACGCAAAACCGUCCUCACCACAUCGCAUGCCUUCCCCUACAUCAAGACUCGGGUCAAUGUAAUGCAUCGAGAAGAGGUGGUGCUAAUCCCGGUUGAGGUUGCCAUUGAAGAUAUGCAGAAGAAGACACAGGAACUGGCGUUUGCUACCCACCAGGAACCGGCUGAUGCCAAGAUGUUGCAGAUGGUUCUCCAAGGCUGUGUGGGAACAACUGUAAACCAGGGACCCCUGGAGGUGGCCCAAGUGUUUCUGGCUGAGAUUCCCGAUGAUCCCCGGCUAUACCGAUUCCACAACAAGCUGCGACUUUGCUUCAGGGAUUUCACCAAGAGGUGUGAAGAUGCCUUGAGGAAAAACAAGACUCUGAUUGGACCAGAUCAGCGGGAGUAUCAUCGUGAGCUGGAGAGGAAUUACCAGCGUCUUAGGGAAGCCCUCAGCCCUUUGACGUCUCGCAAGAUCUCACAGCUGUAUACGGAUCUGCUUCCUCACACAAGUGCCAGAGACUCUAUCACCCGAACCAGCCUACGCAGGAUUGAACCCUGAGAAGACCAGGAUGCCUUAUUGACCUGCAACCUCUUAGACAUGCCACUAGAGGGCACAUAAGAUAUAAUUACAAAUACAGACUUUGGUGACGACAGAACAGGAUUAUUUAAAUUCCAAAAUGUUUGAUGUUGUUAUUACCUAGAAUUUUGUAUGUGAACAGGGACUGUGCAUAACGAGGCAGGGUAAGGGCUUGGGUAGGACCUGGACGAGCAGCUUAGUGUGAGAUAUGUAAAAAUAGGACGGGUCAUGUGGAGGUACAGGGACCGAGGAGAUCUGCAAGACCUUAGAUGUAGGGGAUCAAUGAGGAUGAGCAGCUGUAGCUGCAAUGUGGAGGUAGAGGUAGGAUAAAGAGAGGGCUGAUAUGUGGAGGAAGAGGAGGGGAAGGGCUGUCAGGGCUGAUAUGUUGAGGAAAAGGAGGGGAAGGGCAGUCAGGGCUGAUAUGUAGGGGAAGGGCUGUCAGGGCUGAUAUGUUGAGGAAAAGGAGGGUAAGGACAGUCAGGGCUGAUAUGUAGAGUGAGAGGUAGGGGAAGAGCAGUCAGGGCUGAUACAUGGAGAAAUAAGAGGCGGAAGGCAGUAAGGACCGAUACGUAGAGUGAGAGGUAAGGGAAGGGUAGUCAGUGCGAGGAAGAGGUAGGGGAAGGUCAGUCAGGGCUGAUAUUUGGAGGAAGAUGUGGGGGAAUGGGCAGCCCUGACUCGUGGGUGAGAAGGACAGCAAAGCUAAUAAGUGGAGUGAUCGAUAAGGUAAGGGCAUGGUUAGAAUAAAAGGGAGAUUCUGGGUUUUAGAUACAGAGGUAUGAGGGAAUUCAUAAUGAAGAAGAGCUCAAUGCAUCACAAAGCUGUAAUGUGUAGGUGUCAGAUGUGGGUGGUCUUCUGUAUGCCGGCGGUCGGGCUCCCGGCGCU